UAAAAGAUUGGCAAAAGUGAAAUAUUUUGAUUCGAAAAACAGUUCCGAAUCCACGAGCGGGGGUUGAUUUGUGUCAACCCGUUGUUUAAAGAUACGUUCUUCCCCCUGGGCGGGUUAGCAUGUGCAUCCUUCCGGUGGCGGUAUAGGCAUUCGUUGCGCUAAGCUUUUCCCAGCAAAAGGGAAACGUGACCACCGGAGCCGUGUCGUGGCAAGGUUGGUCAGCAAAACAAUCGCCCGCUCCAGCCGUUCUUGGAUGCGCGGAAGAGGCAGAAAAAACCAGCAACCGAUGGGGAAAGCACCACAACAACUAGCCGUCGAUCAUGGGAGCAAUGCUGGCGAUCGUAUAACCGCUCGUGUUGGGUCUCGGCCCAAGAAAGCCAAAAUUGUAUUCGACCCGUCCGAUCAUCAUGUACCGCGCAAACGAAAUCGCCGUGGUGAGUCCGAUCCGCGAACAGUAACAACACCGAAGUCAGAACCACAACGAACGACCACACCAUCUUCCUCUUCGUCAACCGAUGGCACACAUAGUGCAGCGACUAAGGGAACUGAACGGCCAUCCGCUAUACAAGCAACCGCUAAAUAUCGGCACUGCAGAAUUUGUGGUAGAAACGGCCCGGGCCGUUUGCCGCGCAAGUCACACGUUUCGCCCUGGACUUGUCCCGGCUGCAUACAAGCCAAUCUUAAGGCUGGAUCAGCCAACAAGCAGAUACCACAGCCACACGCUUUGGGUAGACCCGUGGGAACUAAGCGAGUGAAAAAUGAAGAGGAAGCGGACACUGUACAGCAGCAGGAUUUUGCCGGGUUUAGCGAAACGGAGCUCAGCAACCCAGGGUCCGAUGUGACGGCCAGAGAGGCAGCAGCCAACGUUAACAUGCGCCUUUCGACGUCAAACGUAAAGGUUGAACCUGACGAGGGCGACGAAGCUGGUGGUGAUGAUGUGGGCGACGAUGAUGGAUCUGCUCACAGUCUCAGCCCUUGCAAGCGGGAACCAGAUGAGAUGCCAUCUACAAACCGUAAGAAAGAAAUAAGGUUGUGGAGUUGCAACGACGUAUGCAGCUACUUUGGUCAACACUGUCCAGCGUGGGGCGAUUUGUUUCUCGAACAGGAAAUAGAUGGCGCAUCAUUGCUGCUUCUGCAAAGGAGCGAUGUUUUAUCUAGAUUUGGACUCAAGCUGGGACCAGCGAUGGAACUAUAUCAACUUAUCGUUGCCUUGCAAAGCGGUGAUACCGAGGUGGUUGAUGUGCGAUUAACGUGGAUAUAA